AUGCCAGAAUCGAGUGACGACGAGGUCCAACGAGACCCAGUCACCCAGAAGCCACUAAACUCGCGGCGGAUCCUCUUCGAGCCCGUGAUUGGACGCGUUAUUGACGCGCUUGGUGGAUACGAAGCAGGCGUGUAUCGGAUGGGAGACGAGGCCAGUGGGUGUUUGAAAGACCUAAAGAAACUGUGGAGGAAGGACGACGAUGACGAUGAACGAACUAUUGCGCGAAUAUUCUGGGAAAAACGCGUCCUCAUCAAUGACCUUGUGCCUAUACUGCUCCUGACUGCUGGGGCGGGCCAGGUUGAAGACAAACGCGCUGUCUCUGCAGCAGACCUUAUCUCGGCAAUGACUUGGCCCAUAGACGUAGCGGAGGAGCUCGCUGAACUGGAACCAGGGGAACGAGCAGACUAUACCCAACUCCAUGAAGCCCAUCGCAAUUACAAGACUGCCCUUCUUCAGCCUGGAGUUAUGUCGGCGCUCUUCGCUAUUCUUCUUCCGCCAUUGGCCAAACCACCCCGAGAACGGUCACUUCGCGAUAACCAAGUUGCCACCCUCGUCUUACACAUCAUUCGCAACCUUGCAGCAAUCAGAGACCGAGACGGUCUACAGUCACGCUUCGUCCGUGGGUUGGAGGAGACACAUAUUAUCGAGCUCAUGUUCACUAUUGCGACUAACGCCGAAUCCGAUCCUCUCCUUGGUGGUUGGAACACGCUAAUUCUAGAAAUAUUUUUCUUCUUAUUUCGAGGGACACCACCAGCGACGCUAAUCGAAAAGCCACAAGUCAAGCUUCAAAAUCUUCUUGCAGCCGAAGCUCGAGCAGCGAUUGUCCCAGUUAGUCGCCAUUCACGCUUCGGUACCACUAUCGUCGUUACUGCCAAUCCAGCCAAAAAAACUGCCGAAAAUGAAGACUUGCGGAAGACCAAUCCCGCCAAAGCCCUUUUUCACAAAACCGGCAGCACGUCUACUCUGUUAGAUGCUGGCAAACGCGCGCCAAAGACUCGAGCUGCUCCAGCAAUAGAAGCUUCCUUGGCCGAUGAUCUGAAUCCGGAAGCCCGUGAAGUACUGAGAAACCUCGCCAGAACAAUGCUCGACGAGGACAUCUUCAACACUUUUGUCACCGCUCUCUUCAAAGACAUCAAGAUGGAGAGAACGUGGGCGACAGGGGCACGGGUGCCGAUGUGGCUGAUGGCUGUGGUUAGGUGGAUGCUGACGUUUUUCUUACUUGAAAACAAAGACGAGAAGAACAAACGCACUAAGCGACGACAUGGACUGGUUGCGGCAGCCGCUGAAACAGCCUUCGUGUCGUAUGUUUUAACACGUAUGAAGGAUGCGACGGAAGAAAAGCCGAAAGGCUGGCCAACGCUAUAUGCCGGUAUGGGAUGCCUUACACAAAUCCUCCUCCUUUUGGACACCAUUUCAUCUACUUCUGAAGAAGAUAAUGCAGACGCCGACGCAGCUCAGACUCUGCGUUCCCAGCUAAUCUAUGCUGGCGUUCCCCUUGAUCUUGCCCUUGACUGCCUUCGAGCGUGUACUACAGGCAACGCAGACGGUCGGGGACCUGCCUUCCUCGAUGCUGCAGUUACAUUCGCAUAUUCAAUGGUCAGAAUGGUAGAGAGGGCGGGAAACGAGGGAGACAAUACCUAUGUCAGGCGUCGGAAAGUCGGGAAGCAAGCGGCGGAUGGGGAGGAUGCUCACGAUGCUGAAGAGGAGGCCCGCAGGAAGCAACAGCAAAAAGCGAACGAAGAAAGAGAAACAACUUUUUCGCUGGAAGCUUUUGAAAUGCGAUUUGCGACUCCAGAGAUUACGAAGCCGCUCUUGCUUCAGUUGUCUCGUUUCAAAGAGCUACAGUCUAAUCCAGAAGCCAUUCGUCGUGUCAUCGGGCUCUUACAUCGAGUCGCAGUCCGGGCGAAGGCCGAAGGGUUAUUCUUUAAUGUAACGACAUUGCAACUCUUUCAGGCGAUCUUAGCAGCGCAAAGGACUUUUCCUCGCGACCAGCCGCAUAAAGACAUGAUUUCGCUCACUAACUUCAUACUAAGAAGAUUCUUCAAGGCGCUGGAGGAGGAGCCAUUCCUCGCCGUCGAGGCGUUUUUCCCGAAGAACCGGGGUCAGUGGAAAUCGUUUUCGAGCUGGGAGGCUCCGCCAGAGAAGGAGAAGAAGACCCGAACACGCGCGGUAAGACCCGGGGCGAACGAGGUCAAAGUAAAGAGGGGGUACUCUUGGAGCGAGCAGUUGGGUAUCACCAUCGCCGCACUCAUCGAAUCAGGGAAUGCGAGCUUGAUUACAUGGACCGUCACGAUCAUCGAAACCGUGCUGAGAAUGUGGAAGAAGGUUAUCGAGACUCUGGAGCAAGAACGCCCCAGAGAUCUUCUUGCCGAUGAAGACGACGAUGACGACGAGGCCUUGCUAGCGAAACGCAUGGCAGAGAGGAUAGAGGCACCAUCAGCUGAAAUGCUGGAAAAAAUGCAAGAUUUCCUAAUACCAUACACGGACGAUGAGGAAGCCAAAGCGGCAACUGAAAAUGCGCAGCUGAAACUUCUCUUUCGACUAGCUAAGUUUACCCAACUCGAUGAAGUCGACGGUGAGGUCGAGGCGCAAUGGAUCGUGCCCAAAACUGUACCUCCGAAAGAUCUGCAGCGGACGGUGAACGUGAUCGAGAAGUUCCUGGCCACGCCGUUUAACCUCAAGGGCCAGAAGGCACACGAGCUGCUGACAAAGUCGACAUCCACACGAAGACGCGCUGUCUCCGUGUCAAGCUCAUCUUCUUCGAGUUCGAGCUCGUCUUCGAACUCGGAGAACUCCGACACAAGCAGCGGAGAAGCCGAGACCGAUGGAAGUGGAGAUGGGGGAAAGACAAAGAAGCAAAAGAAGAAGAAACGGCGACGAAGUGAUGCUCAACGCAAGGAGAAACCGCCCAAGCCUGUGCAGGAGUACAAGUCGGCGCAAUUUAUCGAGGACAGUGAUGAAGAGUAUGGUGCGAUGGAUGAGUUUUUGGCGCGGGAGAAAGAAAUGAGGCAAAGGAUUGAGAGCUUGGCGAAAGAAACUGGCAAGAGUGCAGGGAUGUUGACGACGGGCACAAAGAAAAGAAAGAAAAGGGAUGUGAACGAGGGACCAAAGGAGCGAAAGAGGAGGAAAAACCUGCACCCUGAAAAGGAAAAUGAAGUCUCCGAUGCAGAGGAUGCAGGAGAUUCAGAUAUUCAGGUAUCGGCACCUGCCCCAAGGCCAAGGCCAAGACCAUGGCCAAAACCCAAAGCGGCCCCACGGAAGUCAUCCGAUUCACCACCCAAAACUACUGUGGAAAUUGCCUCGGAAAGCGAGUCUGAUAUCGCGGUGGAUCCUGGACCUGGAAGACGCAAAACGAAUAGAUUGGUGAUCUCGGACGACGACGAUGAGUAG